AUGCUUUUAUGGUGGGAUGCAACCCUUGCCCUAAUUUCGCGACGAUGUCCUGUUCUGGACCCAUCCUACCUCGAAUAUCUAGUACGGUGGGAGAGGCAAGAUGAAUGGUCUUUCUUUGACCUGACUGGCUGUCCACGAGAUUUGCUUGUGAUGCUGUAUAACCUGGCAGAGCUUGCACGACAUAACGAGAUCGCCUCAUCGAUGAAGUGGCUAACCUUCGACAUUUCGCCCGUUGUCGAGGCUGAAGAAAAGUUGACUCAAUGGCAAAAUGAUCUUGAUCCAACCAGGCAGGAGCCCAACCCAGCGCUGUCAGAUGCUGAGGCAGAGAAGGAAAUCCAUGAGUGGCAGGACCGAUAUCACUGCGCCGAAGCAUGGCGGUAUGCGUUGCUACUCUAUAUUGAGUCUGUGUUCAAGCGAGAUUGUCCCAAGAGAUCUUUCUCCAUUCCCCAUCUGGUGCGCAAAACGCUGGAUCACAUUCGAUGCUGUCGGCAAACGUCACAAACACAGAAACAGCUGCUUCUCCCUGUAUUUCUUGCUGGGAGUGAGACCUCCGACCCGGAUAUGCGAGGGUUUGUGAAGGAAUUUUGUGUGUAUUGGGGAGACAAAAGUCGCUAUAGCAUGUUCAAUUCUGUUCCAACUUUGUUGAAUGAAAUUUGGACAACAGGAACUUGGUGGGGUACAGUAAUCGAUGGCAAGAGAAAAUCCGAUUUGUCUAAACUAGAUUCGAACUCUAUAGAAGUAUUGCUGGGCUGA